AUGGCAAAAGAACGAUGGAACGACGAUAUCGCGUACGCGAUGACACCUUUCAAACUGCUAAUGUGGCCCGUGGGUGGUUGGCCACUUCAAGUUUAUAACACUUAUUCGUUAAUGCGAUGCGUGGCAGUUACUUGCAGCGUGAGUAUAUUCGUAAUCCUGCCUUCCAUCGAGAUUUACUUAGGCUGCACCAACGCGGUGCAAAACGUUGACGCUGUCAUGUCAAUUUUUUGUGGGUCACUCGCUACGAUGAAGAUGAUAUGGUUCCGCAUUUACGCGAGCAACUUAAUCAAGGCUUACAAAUGCGCUGUAAAUGAUUACCUGACUAUCGAAAACGCAGAGCAGCGUGCCAUUAUGUUAAAACACGCUUUCAUAGGAAGGACCCUUAUGUGCACCAUAAUGUCCAUCGUUUUCAUCGACUGUUUUGUGUAUUCGUUGAUGCCUGCUCUGAAUCUCCUCAGAAAGAACGAAAUCAACGAAACACAGGAAGAGGUUGAGCUGGAGUAUAUUAUACCAUCAAGAUGUGCUUUGGAAUAUUUGAAUCCAAGGAAUAUGUACGUUACAAGCUACAUGAUGGAAACAAUCAUACUGUUAUUUAUGGCUCCUAGCAACUACGGUAACGACAUACUGUUUCUACAUAUGGUGCUGCACAUUUGUGGCCAAGUAAAAAUCUUGAAGUCCAAGUUUAUCAAUUUUGACUUCGCGGGGCCACAAGUCCACAAUCGUUUUAACGCGCUAAUUCACCGACAUAGUCAUUUGAUGGAGAUGACCAAAAAACUUGCCGACGUGUCCAGUUUCAUAUUGCUGAUGCAAUUCUUUUUUAGUAGCUUGCUAUUAUGUAUACUAGGUUUGCAAUUUAUUUUGGCGUUAAAAGAUAAUGAUCGUGUUAUGAUGAUGAAAAGCUCCAUGGCUCUUUACAGUUUUCUGACACAAUUGACGAUAUAUUGCGUUAUCGGAGAUUAUUUGAAAUCCCAAAUUGAAGAAGUGGGUGUUUUUGUUUAUCAGAGCACAUGGUACAAUCUUCCUGCAAAGCUGACGAAAAAUUUGACUUUACUCAUUAUGCGGUCUCAGUCUCCCGUUCAGCUGCAAGCGGGAAAUUUCAUCGUAGUAAACCUCGAAACUUAUAUGAGCAUUCUAAAAACUUCAAUCUCUUAUCUGUCAGUACUUCGAGUAAUGGUGGAAAUAUAAGAAGUCACAUUUAUAGAAAACAAACUUUACUAGACUUAGCUUUAAAUCUAUGCGACUUUUUUGGAACUAAUUUUAAAGAGAUAGAGUUCUCUGUGGAAGAAAGAGUUAGUAUAAUGUUAUUUCAAU